CAAAGUUAAGGUUAUGUUGUUAAUCCGACUUUCUAUUUAUGCAACUGCAUUAAUUAACUGGUUAUUGCACUCCCUAUUUUCUGCCGAUUCGGCGCGUUGUUUAUGAUCUCAUCGGUUGCUCAAUUAUAGAUUUAGAAAUUAAUGAUUACUGAUCAAUAAUAUGAAUUAAAAAUUAACUUUUGCUCUGGACUUUGCACCAUCUGGAACAUUCCAUUUUCAUCUGAAAUAUCGACGAGUACAGACGAAGUAAUUCAAAUUUCCAAUAAGUUUUUGAUUUAUAAUAAUGUCUUUGAAACUACUGAAGGAUUUCAAACCAGGUCCACUGGAUUUGUAUAGAAAAAAAGCCUCUUUUGACUGGAAAAAGUUGAAGGUACUUUUAGAUUCAGAAGAAUUGGUUAAUUUCCAAGAUGAAAUCGUUAAAGAUUUGGAACAAUACCCUGACUAUCAAAGAAAUAUUAAUCCUAAAUCUUUCGAUGAAACAAGGAGAGUAGCUAAUAGACAAAGUAAUAUAAUAUCGAACAUUGACUCAUUAAACAUAACAAACUUAGUAUCCAAUUUGAGAAAAAUGCCAAUGGCUAAUAGGUUGAUAGUACAAGUAGAUCCUGAUUCUUACAUAAAGUAUUCUGUUUCCAAGUUAUUAUUUAUCAGUACUAUUCAAUCUAUGGGAACAAGAAGGCAUCAUAAAUAUAUGACAGAUAUUGAAGACGGAAAGAUCCACGGCUGUUUCUGCUUGACAGAGAUUGGACAUGGCACAAACACAAAAGGAAUGAGAACAACAGCUACAUAUGACGAGGACAGUGGAGAAUUCAUAUUGAACAGUCCGGAUUUCGAAGCAGCUAAAUGUUGGGCAGCUGGUUUAGGCCAGACUGCUUCCAUUGGCUGUGUUUUCGCACAAUUGAUUGUGAAAGGGCAGAAAAAGGGACUACACUGUUUUGUGGUGCCAUUGAGGGAUGUGAACACUUUGAUACCACAUCCCGGAUUGAUAAUUGGAGAUAUGGGAGAGAAGAUCGGUUUAAAUGGUUUAGAUAAUGGCUUUGUCAUGUUCAAAAAUUAUCGAAUCCCACGAGAAAAUCUUUUGAAUCGUACAGGAGAUGUGACAGAAAACGGAGAGUAUGUGACCCCUUAUAAAGACCCAAGAAAGAGACAUGGGGCCUCAUUGGGCAACCUUUCUAGUGGAAGGGUCAACAUAACCAAUAUGGCAGGCGGUUACGGCAUAAAAGCUGUCACUAUUGCCAUCAGAUAUGCCGCAGUCCGGAAACAGUUCGGACCAGAUGAAAAAGAAGAAAUGCCCAUUUUAGAAUAUCAAACACAUCAAAACCGUCUUUUGCCUCAUCUAGCUGCAGUUUAUGUUACGAGAAUAUUUUGUGAUUUCUUCGUACCUACCUUCAUGGAGUUCCUGAUAGAAAGUCUUGUCGACCCCACUAACGAGAGUUUGCCCGACAGAGGGAUCGAAUUCCAUGCUAUUUCUUCGGGUUGUAAACCUGUUGCUGGGUGGGCAAUGCGGGACGCUAUUCAAGAGUGCAGAGAGGCAUGUGGAGGACACGGUUAUCUGAAAGCUGCUGGAUUGGGCGAUUUGUUGAGUUCCAACGAUGCCAACUGCACCUAUGAAGGGGAGAACCAUGUCCUGAUCCAGCAAACUGCCAAUUAUCUACUUAAAUUUUGGCCACUGGUAUUAUCAGGUUCAAAAAUAUCGUCUCCCUUGAAAACGAUCGACUUUUUGACCAAUGCUGAUGGGAUAUUGAGGACAAAAUUUAAUGCGAACAGCGUGGAACAAUUUUGUUCAGCUGAAGUUUUGAUGAACACUUACAAAUGGUUGGUUUGUUACCUACUUAGGGAAACCUAUGAAAAAUUGAAACAAUGCGAUCAAAAAGGAAUUGACCCCUUCUGGGCAAAGAAUAAUAGCCAAGUGUUUUUAGCUAGGGAUUUAUCCGUAGCAUUUAUCCAGCAUUUCUUCCUGGAAAGGAUGUUGAUUUUCAUCAACAGUACUGAUGAUGGAAACAUUAAAAGAGUCCUCCACCGAUUGUUUGCACUCUACGCAAUAUCAUCCUUGAAUAAGCAUCACAUGGCUACAUUAUAUAAAGGAGAAUUCGCUCUUGGCUCAGCACCUGCGAAGUUAAUCCAAGAUGCCAUUCUUGAAUUGUGCGCAGUGCUGAAAGAUGACGCCGUUGCUCUAAUCGAUGCUAUUGCCCCUCCAGAUUUUGCCAUGAAUUCCGUAUUGGGAGCCUCAGACGGUCAAGUGUACCAAAGACUUGAAUCUUUCAUGUUGCAAUCUGCUUAUGGAAUGAGUAGACCUUCGUGGUGGAAAGAUGUAGCGAAUUUGGAAUCGUAUAUUCCUAAAUCCAAACUUUGAACAAAGUUGAAUCAGAAAUGUAACUUUACUGUGUUAAAAUGUGAUCACAUUUGAUUUUUUGAAUAUUUAUAGGUGUAAGGGUUGUUUUUAUCUGGAUUGGACUUUUAAUAUGAAUGUUACAAUAAAUGGUAUUUUUAAAUA